AAUGCGAACUGAAACAGAAUGUAGAAGUGAGAUUCGGUCUCAAGGACAAGAAUCUGUAAGAAGCCACAAAUCUGAAUACUCUGACGAAACUGAGACUUUCUGGGUUGAAUUUACCACCCUAUUUAACGAGAGAAGAAAGAGAGAAGGACGCUCUCCUACGAAAAUAUAUAAUAUCUUAUCUGAAAAGAUAGAGCUCAGUUCAAUCACACUUGCUGGAAGUGCCCGCGAUAGAGUUGAGGUCUAUCGGAAGCCAUUUAUGGCGAGUCAUCAAGCGAUGGCCGACGGUCUUCGUUGCGUCAGAAUUAUUAUGGGGUUUGUUAGCAUGAGAGGUGCCCGCGUCAUAAUGGGAAAGCAGGAAAAGAGUCAACUUAGUAAGAGUCGGCAAGAAGUAAACAUAAACUGGAUCUUAAGUUCUUCGGAACCAAAACCAAUUGGUUUUUUUCGUUUAACCCAUCCAACAUCACGAGCACGAGCUAUUGAAAAUUAUAGGAAAUGUUUUGAUCUUGCUAUAAAGCGUAGUGAAGGAGAUAAACUCAGUGAGCUUAGAGCAAUGAAUAUCGAUGAAGCAUCUAUACAAAGAGAUUGGGAGAUAUGGUUAAAGGAAAAAAAAGCCAUUCUAGCUUGUCGAACAAAUCAUGAUACAGGCUUGCGUAUUCAACAGGAUUUUACUUCAACUAUGGCCGAUAUUGUCGGUAUUGCUGGUGAAAUAAAAAGCGCCAAUAAUAAGGUGAAUGACAUUGAAGAGCACGGUAACAGAAAACAUCAACUGGAUGACGAAGUACUUGAUAAUGAAAUACCAGUAGCUUCAGUUCCAUCAGUUACGAAAAAGGCGAGAUCAGAGGACAAUGAUGUCGAUGAGGAGCACGAAGCCAUUUAUAUUAGAGCUGUUCAUCUAGCACACAAGAUUGAAGGUUCUUCCAUAUCUGACAUAUCAUCAUCUAUUGACGAAGAGAAUUUGGAGAAUGGUUUGAGAGAAGCAUCGGAAUCAAUGGUUGGGAAAGUAGAAAGGACCCCAUUGAUAGUGGACGACAUUGAUCUGGAGAAAAUUUUUAAAGAUUACUGCGAUGAAUGCAGAAACAACUUUGACGACAUCAUGGAUAUGAGACCAACUUCACGCUUCACGGAUGAAAUUUCAGAAGAAUAUUGGGAUAAAUUCGUGCUAGGUACAUAUCCCAAACAUAAUAUAUCUGAGGAAUGGGAAAAUUUCAUACAAGAAUUUUUCAAGCCAAGAGAUAGCCUAGAAGAAUGGAAAAAGGCUUGGCGUGGACUUUACGAAAAGAUCGAUGGAAACAAAAAAGACCUAGUGAAUGUCAUCUACAACAUCCUUGGACCAUAUAUCAAAGCUUUCGAAGCACCGUUCAACAUAUUAAGGUCAGGUGACCUCCGAGAAAAUCAGUAUAAUGCACAAUUCAUAAGCCCAAUAUUAGAGAAUACAAUGAAUACUGUAUGUAGCGUUGAUUGGAGAAUUCUUGAAAUUCCGGUAGAAAGUAGUAAAGCUCGUCGUAAUACUGGUCUAAAUCCAAUCGUUGAUACAGUUUUAGAAGCAAAGUGUGCAGAUGGCCUUGCUCGUCUCUGGCAGAGUCAUGAAGAAGUGUUCUUGUAUGAACAGACAGGACCCCCAAACUUUGAUGAUAUUACUCAGUUUCAUAUUCAUGAUUAUAAAUUGAUCAGAACAAUGCGAGAUGUGUUGAACCAGCGAAUAUUCCUUCGUCUCAAAAACGGAAUAUAUGACCACAAAGACCUCGCAAGCUUUAGUGCUUUUGGCAAUCGUUCUGAAGUAUCUUUAUUUUGGUUAACAAUACACCAGAAGUCGUAUUGCCUCCGGGAAUAUGGAACUUUCAAGAUCCCUUCAACUUGGCAAGAGCUCCCCGUUCUUUCCGAAGCAAUUAUAACAUGUCUCAAAUUUUUUUCCUUCAUGAAAGAAAAUAUUGAAGUGAAAAAUUCAUAUAUUGAACAAAACCAAAAGUUGCUGGCCAAGCGAAGAGUACACUCAGUAAAGCAAAACCAGUCAUCACCGAAUCGACCUAAAAAGCGGAAGUCAAAAAAAUAA